AUGGACGUACUCCCCUCCCUAAUACAUCCGGAUCAGUCGGGCUUUAUAAAGGACCGGGGUGCUCCGGAUGCCACCCGCAGAGUUAUUAAUCUAAUUCAUAACGUAGAACGUUCCAAGACGCCUUCUCUGCUCCUGACUUUGGAUGCGGAGAAGGCGUUCGAUAGAAUUAAUUGGCACUAUCUGUCCCAAGUAUGCCAUUUAGAAGUGGCUGCUGUCACCCGUUCAAGCCUUCGCUCCACUAGUCUAAGGACCGGUGACAUCACGUCUUAUGCAGGCCCAUUGAUCUGCAUUAGAUGGGAGGACACUGAAGGACAUUCCAACAUCCGGAGAGGAGAAGUGAGCGCUGACCUCAGUCAAGGGUCUAGCCAGGGUCUUAGUUCUAUGAAUCUUCCCCCAGACAAAGCACGACUUUUGCGACAGUACGAUAAUGAAAAAAAGUGGGAUCUCAUCUGUGACCAGGAACGGUUUCAAGUGAAAAACCCCCCGCACACUUACAUCCAAAAACUACAAUCAUUCCUAGACCCUGGAGUCACACGAAAGAAAUUUCGAAGGCGGGUCCAAGAAUCUACAAAGGUUUUGCGUGAACUGGAAAUAUCAUUGCGAACAAAUCACAUAGGGUGGGUGCGUGAGUUCUUGAAUAAUGAAAACAGGGGCCUGGAUGUUUUGGUGGAGUAUCUCUCAUUUGCACAGUGCGCGGUUAUGUUUGAUUUUGAGGGCCUGGAAAACGGGGAGGAUGGCUUGGUUGAAAAGUCCAAACCCUGGAGCAGAUCCAUCGAGGAUCUGCAGAGUCCCAACGCCCUCCAUGCCCCUUUCGCCAACGGCCUCGCUCGCACUGCCCGCCAGUCUGUGCUCCGCAGCUACAAUACACUGCCAGGAAAGAAAGCGCUGAAAAACUCCAGAUUGGUCAGCCAGAAGGACGAUGUACAUGUGUGCAUCAUGUGCCUCCGCGCCAUUAUGAAUUACCAGUAUGGCUUCAAUCUGGUCAUGUCCCACCCUCAUGCUGUCAAUGAAAUUGCCCUUAGUUUAAACAACAAGAAUCCAAGAACUAAAGCUUUGGUCCUGGAAUUAUUGGCUGCAGUGUGUCUGGUCCGGGGAGGACAUGAAAUCAUUCUGUCUGCUUUUGACAACUUCAAAGAGGUCUGCAAGGAGAAGCAUCGUUUUGAGAAACUCAUGGAAUAUUUUAGGAAUGAAGACAGUAAUAUCGAUUUCAUGGUUGCAUGUAUGCAGUUCAUUAACAUUGUUGUCCAUUCUGUGGAAGAUAUGAACUUUCGUGUUCACCUUCAGUUUGAGUUUACCAAGCUGGGCCUUGAAGAGUUCCUGGAGAAAUCUAAGCACACAGAAAGUGAAAAAUUGCAGGUGCAAAUUCAGGCCUAUCUGGACAAUGUGUUUGAUGUAGGAGGUCUGCUAGAAGAUGCAGAGACGAAGAAUGUUGCACUCGAGAAAGUAGAGGAAUUGGAGGAACAUUUAUCCCAUAUGACAGAAAAGCUGCUAGAUCUGGAGAAUGAGAACAUGAUGCGAGUGGCCGAGCUGGAAAAAACUCUGUUACAGAGGGAGAAGGAGCUGGACAUAAUUAGGGAAACGUAUGAGAACACAAGUCAUCAGGUGAACACGCUAAGGAGAAUCAUCAAAGAAAAGGAGGAAGCAUUUCUACAGCUUCGCCAGCUGGAGCAAGCUAAUGCUUUACAGCAGCAGAAGCAUGGGUCUGCUGGGACCAUCCCUUCCUCAUUUGCUGGCCUACCUGCAGACCUUUCCUUAAUUGCAGACUUUCCACCACCUCCACCCCCACCACCACCUGCACCAGCACCUAUACCUGCAGCACCACCUCCACCAGCACCACCUCCACCCCCUCCCCCACCUCCACCACCACCUCCUCCUCCAAUGCCAAGCAAGUGUCCUCCCCCACCUCCUUUUCCUUCUUCCUCACCUUCAGUUAUCCUCACAACUGGUUUGUCAGCAAUCAGGAUCAAGAAGCCAAUAAAAACAAAGUUCCGUCUGCCUGUGUUUAACUGGACUGCUCUAAAACCCAACCAGAUUAGUGGCACCGUGUUUAGUGAUCUGGAUGAUGAGAGGAUAUUACAGGAUCUGGAUAUGGAUAAAUUUGAAGAGCUGUUCAAAACCAAAGCACAGGGAGCUGCCAUUGAAGUGACGUGCUCCAAGAAUAAAUCUUCCCAGAAGUCUAUGAGUAAAGUGACCCUUUUAGAAGCAAACCGAGCUAAGAACCUGGCAAUCACUCUGCGAAAAGCUGGAAGGGCUACAGAGGAGAUCUGUAAAGCUAUCCACAUGUUCGACUUGAAGACAUUGCCUGUAGAUUUUGUGGAGUGUCUGGUACGCUUCUUACCUACAGAAGCAGAGGUGAAGUUGCUAAGACAGUAUGAGCGGGAGCGUAAGCCUCUUGACGACCUCUCUGACGAGGACAGAUUCAUGAUGCACUUCAGCAAAGUGGAGCGUCUCUCUCAAAGGAUGUCAAUCAUGACAUUCAUGGGCAAUUUCAGUGAGAACCUGCAGCUGCUAACACCGCAACUGAAUGCAGUGAUUGCAGCUUCUGCCUCAGUCAAGUCUUCUCCAAAACUGAAACAAAUGCUGGAGAUAAUCCUUGCUUUGGGUAACUACAUGAACAGCAGCAAGAGAGGAUCUGUCUAUGGGUUCAAACUGCAAAGCUUGGAUUUGCUUCAAGACACAAAGUCAACAGACAGGAAGAUGACAUUGCUUAACUACAUUGCGUUGAUUGCCAAGGAGAAGUAUGCAGAGGUGGCCACGUUCUUCAAUGAGCUUCACUUUGUGGAGAAGGCGGCAGCAGUGUCUCUUGAAAUUGUCCUUAUGGAUAUAAAGGAGCUCGGGAAAGGAAUGGACUUGAUUCGCAAGGAGAGCAGUCACCAUGACAAUAGUGUUCUCCGGAACUUUGUGAGUGCUCAUGAAGGGAAACUGGACAGGCUUCAGAAGGAUGCCAGAACAGCAGAGGAAGCAUACGCAGCUGUGGUGCUUUACUUUGGAGAAAAUCCAAAGACAACGCCGCCCUCUGUGUUCUUUCCAGUGUUCGCUCGUUUCAUCAAAUCAUACAAGGAAGCUGACCUUGAGAAUGAGAUGCGCAAGAAGCAGGAGGAAGUUAUGCGAGAGAAGUUAUUGGCACAAGAAGCAAAGAAGAUGGACCCUAAGUCUCCAACGCCGAAAAAUAAGCGGCAGCAACAAGAUUUGAUAGCAGAGCUGCGACGGCGGCAAGCCAAGGACCAUCGACCAGUGUAUGAAGGAAAAGAUGGAACCAUUGAGGACAUUAUCACAGUCCUGAAGAGUGUCCCCUUCACAGCCAGAACAGCCAAGAGAGGCUCUCGCUUCUUCUGUGAUACAUCCCUUUUUGAGGAUUCAAACUGUUAAGCCCAAUGCCUUUUAAAAAAUCUCCGUAAUCAGCCCUUCAGACGUGCAGAUGCCGUUCUGCGGCAUGCUUGGAGGCGGAGCUAGCGCAUCCAGUUCCAUGAGUCGGGUCAGGCCUUGCUGUAUAGGUUGCUCCUUGGAGCAGAUGAACUAUAAGACUCGGCAGAUGGCUGGGUUCCACAUGUUAAGGGAAAUGAAGAAGCCGGGACACUUCACAAAAUAGAAGAAAAAGUGCCUUAUUGCUACAGUAUUAUAGAACUAUUUUUCUUUUACUAUUUAUAUUUUCUUAAAUUUUUACUGUUGAAAUUGUAAAUAAUUUUUUUUUUUUUUUGUAAGUUUCUUUGCCAGACCAAUAUUGGCUGCUCUGGGCGAAUAAGAAAAAGUGCCUUGUAAGUGUUAAAAAGUGUUUGUUUAUUAAUGCGGUUAGAUUGAACACUAAUGUGAUGUAAAGACUGAAGCCUUUUGUUGUGGAAUGGGCUGGUAAUGUUAUAUGUAUGCCGUCUGGCUUUGGCAAAGUUAAUAUAGCAAGAGCAUUUUUACAUAUUUUAUUUACUUUAUCCUGAACAUAGAGGGAAGAAAAAGGAAAUGUGCCAAAUGUGUAAGUUUGCUUAAGAAGGUUGUAGAGAAGUCACAUAAAUAAUAGAACUAGUGCAGAAAUGACGAU